UCUGCUUGUUUUUUUUUAUUAGGUGUGUUUGGUGAAUUCUUUUUAGUGAAGGAGGGAGAUUCUGUUACUCUACACACUAAUCUAACUGAAAUUUGGAAAGAUGAUGAUAUCGAGUGGAGGUAUGGAGAGAAAGGAAACCUCAUAGCUAAAUAUGUUGGGGGACAAAACAGAAUCUACACAUAUGACGUUGAUCUUGAUGGGAAGUUCAAAGGCAGACUGCAGCUGGACCCUCAAACUGGAGAUCUGACCCUCAGAAACAUCAGAACCACAGACUCUGGACCUUAUGAAGUGACCAACAGGUUCAGCUUAAACAAGAUGUUCAGCCUCGAAGGUGUGUCUGCAGAGGAAAUACAGAUUGUAUCAGCGAUGGUGGGAGAUUCGGUCUUUCUACACACUGAUGUUAUCGAAAUGCUGAAUUACGAUGUGAUACGAUGGAAGUUUGGACCUCAGAAUGCUCUUAUAGCUGAAAUCAAUAAACUCGAGAGAUCCUUCCGUACGCUGGAUGGUGAUGACGGGAGAUUCCGACACAGACUGCAGCUGGAUCAGACUGGAUCUCUGAUCAUCAAGAACACUGGGAUUAAACACUCUGGGUUAUAUGAGGUUGACAUCAGCAGCGGCAAACACACCAUACACAAGACGUUCAAUGUGAACAUCAGUGGUGAAAUAAAGGCAGUUUCAGUGAAGGAAGGAGUUUCAGUCACUCUACACACUGGUCUUACUGAAGUGCAGAUGUCUGAUUUCACUCUAUGGAUGUUUGGAGACACUGUCAUAGCAGAACUCUUUAAAGAAGCCAGACGAUUCUAUACUUAUGAUGGAGAGGAUGUAAGAUUUAAGGGUAUGCUAAACUUGGACAAUCAGACUGGAUCUCUGACCAUCACAAACAUCAGGAUCCUCAAUUCUGGACUUUAUGAUCUGAAGAUCAGCAGCAGCCGACGCACCAUAAACAAGAGAAUCAGUCUUACUGUUAUUAAUUCAUUUCUGUCUUCGGGUGUUGUCGCAGGAAUAGCUGUAGUUGUUCUGCUGGUUCCUGCAGCUGCAGCUGUUUGUGUUACUUACUAUCGCUUCAGGAUCUCUAUACUUCAAAAGCAACUUGGUGAAAGAAAGUCAGUCCUGGAAGUGGAGGGAGCUUCUGUCACGCUAAAAACCGAUGUUGCUGCCAUCCGGAGUCAUGACGUGGUUCUGUGGCAGUUUGGGAAUAAAUCCGUUUUCUUAGCUCAGGUCACUGAAGGAAACAUUGAGAACACUAGAAAUGAGGAGAUUUGUGAGAGAUUUAAAGACAGGCUGGAGCUGAGUGAUCAGACUGGAGAUCUGACCAUUACAGACACCAGAGCUACAGACUCCGGACUUUAUAAAGCAUUGAUCAUAACAAAUAGAAGAUUCUCCUCAAAGUCAUUCACUGUUUCUGUCUCUGGUCCCUCUGCAAGCAAAAGAAAUACGACAGAGGACAUGGGAAUACUUUUAACAGAAUUACAUUAAACAGCUCAUACAUCAUAACUCAGAAUGAAACAAACUCGUAUUUCUCAUGUGAGCAACUAAAACCUCCAGGAGCUGCUGGGUUUAAAAUGUAGAAUAUUGUUGUUGUAUGAUAUAAUGUAAAAUAAUGUUGUUGUAAAUAUAUUGUAAAAUAACAUUGCUGUAAUGUUGUUGUGUAUAAAAUAUAACUGAGAAGAGUAAAAUUGGGAUCUAUGUAACUGUU